AAAAUUCCCUCCUCUGGCGUGCAAAAAAACAUACUCCACAACUGAGAGAGAGAGAGAGAGCGAGUUGAAUUAUUAGGUGAGUUUUGCAGAGUUCUGUUUUCUUUUCGGUUAAUCAUUUAAAUACUAAUCAAUUUAACACAUUAUGCCAUUAGUAUGGAUAGUAAAACGUGCCCGUUAGGUGAGGAUUAAAGGAAGCAAUGGAAGCAAAACUAGAAACACUUGGGGGCUCCCUUCCUGUACCUUGUGUUCAAGAGCUGGCCAAAGAAUCACUGACCACAGUCCCAGCCCGGUAUAUUCGACCCGAUCAAGACCCUCCAAUAACAUCAUAUCCGACUUCAAUUCCCGAUCCCCCAAUAAUCGACAUGGAGAAAUUGCUUUCUGGAGAUCAUAUGGAGUUGAAGAAGCUGGACACUGCGUGCAAAGAGUGGGGAUUCUUCCAGUUGAUAGACCAUGGAGUGAGCUCUACAUUACUGGAGAAAGUGAAAUUGGAAAUCAAAGAGUUCUUUAACCUCCCAAUGGAAGAGAAGAAGAAAUUCUGGCAGGAUUCAGGAGAUGUAGAAGGCUUUGGGCAGGCCUUCGUUUUGUCUGAGGAGCAGAAGCUUGAUUGGGGAGACAUGUUUUACUUGGUUACCCUUCCAACCCAUUUGAGAAAACCCCACCUUUUUCCCAAGCUCCCACUGCCCUUCAGAUUCGCCUUGGACAAUUAUGCUAAUGAAUUGAAACAUCUCGCCGUGAAAAUUCUUGAUUUCAUUUCCAAAGCUCUAAAAAUGAAGGCAGAGGAAAUGAGAGACUUGUUUGAAGAAGGGACUCAAGGAAUGAGGAUGAAUUAUUAUCCUCCAUGCCCACAACCAGAGAAGGUCAACGGUCUCACUCCACACUCAGAUGGCUCCGGCCUCACCAUACUCCUCCAAAUCAAUGAAAUGGAAGGUCUACAGAUCAAGAAAGACGGGAUGUGGGUUCCCGUUAAACCCCUCCCUCAAACCUUUGUGGUCAACAUUGGGGACGCUCUAGAGAUUUUCACCAACGGAGCUUAUCGUAGCAUUGAGCAUCGAGCAGUAGUGAACUCUAGGAAGGAGAGGCUGUCAAUUGCAACAUUUUACAGCCCCAGAUUUGAUGGAGAAAUGGGCCCUGCGCCUAGUUUGAUUACCCCACAAACUCCUGCACUGUUUAGAAGAAUUGGGGUUACUGAGUAUUUCAAAGGCUAUUUGGCUCAAAAGCUUGAUGGGAAAUCAAAUCUAGAUGCCAUGAGGACUGAAAAUCCGAGCCAGAACAGCUGAAACAUCCAUUCCAGAAAUGUUUUAGAAAACGAAUCUGCGAAUCAUCUUUCUUAUGCUACAUAUCAAGUUUGUAAGGAGUUACGAGAAAUCCAACACCAACUCAUUAAGCACACUUUGAAUC